AUGGACGCUGCGUCCCUUCAUCCACCGGAGGGCCCGUCCCCAUUCGAGGCGCACCUCCUCAACCUCCUCAGCACGUUCGAGCAGAAUCCCUCUCUCGCUUAUCAGACCGUCCCCGCUGCCAAGACUCCGUCCCAGCAGGCCAUUGAGCGCGGCAUCCUCGCCCUCGCCCAGCGCGCCUCAAAUUACGCGUCUUCCCCCCCGUCUACCGCCCGCCGCGCUCUUGCUGAUUCUCAUCUGCCCCAUACGCCGCCUUCCGCUGAGGCGCGCACGCCUACCUGUCCGUCAUGCUCCACGCCGAUCCCCCCGCCUUCUGCUACCCCCACGUCACCCUUCGCCUCCCUCGAACUCUCGUCGCCCCGCCAGUCGUGGUCCAACGGCGUCGCCGACACUGGCAUGAGCGCUGAGAAGGAAUUGGAAUUGCUCAAGGCUCAGGUUCAGGAUAUUGCUCGCGUUUGCAAGGCCGUCGCUACCGGUGAUCUCUCUCAGAAGAUUAUCGUCCCGGUGAAAGGCCAGGCAAUGACGGAACUCAAGGAUAUUAUCAACUCCAUGGUCGACCGGCUCAAAACAUUCGCCACCGAGGUCGAGCGCGUCUCGCUCGAAGUCGGUACUCAGGGCAAACUCGGCGGGCAGGCUGUUGUCGAAGGUGUCGAGGGCACAUGGCGCGAGCUCACAAACGUUGUCAACCGUCUUGCAGCAAAUCUCACCAAUCAGGUGCGCAGCAUCGCCAAGGUUACAAAGGCCGUGGCGCGUGGCGAUCUGAGCGAAACCAUUACUGUCGUCGCCAGCGGCGAGAUCGCGGAACUGGCCACCACGGUUAACGGAAUGGUGUAUAGUCUACGAUUACUAGCAGACGAAGUCAGUCGUGUAUCUCUCGAGGUCGGUUCGCAAGGAAAGUUGGGUGGUCAAGCGCAUGUACCCAAUGUCGAAGGCGUAUGGAAAGAUCUCACAGUGAACGUCAAUCGCAUGUGUCACUCUCUUACAACUCAAGUACGGUCGAUCGGCAGCGUCACAACUGCAGUAGCAAGGGGUGACCUGUCCAAGACAAUUGAGAUUGAGGCUGAAGGCGAAAUGGCCGUGCUCAAAGACACGGUCAACUCCAUGGUGAAGCAGCUCACCAUCUUUGCCGGGGAAGUCACCCGUGUAGCUCUCGAAGUCGGGACACAAGGAAUCUUGGGGGGCCAGGCUGUGGUCGAUGGGGUGGAAGGGGUCUGGGCAGACCUCACCACGAACGUCAACAAAAUGGCUCGUAAUCUUACCGAACAAGUGCGAGAGAUUGCGGAAGUCACCAAAGCGGUCGCCCGUGGUGACCUCACUAAAACGGUAAACGCCGAUGUCCAGGGCGAGAUUCUCGAGCUCAAGCUCACUGUCAACGGAAUGGUGGCCCAGCUGAACGUGUUUGCGGCUGAGGUCACGCGAGUGUCCCUUGAAGUCGGUACGGAAGGCAAGCUCGGCGGUCAGGCCCUGGUCCCCAACGUCGAGGGCACCUGGAAGAUUCUCACGGACAACGUCAACUUGAUGGCGCUUAACCUCACCACGCAGGUCCGCUCCGUUGCGGAAGUUACAACUGCCGUGGCAGCGGGUGACCUGUCCAAGAAGAUUACUGUCGAGGCCUUUGGGGAGAUCGCUCAACUCAAGAACACUGUCAAUGCCAUGGUGGACUCCCUUCGCUCGUUCUCGUCCGAAGUCACUCGUGUUGCCCGUGAAGUCGGUACCGAUGGUCGCCUCGGUGGCCAGGCCCAUGUACCCGGCGUGGCCGGGACCUGGAAGGACCUUACAGACUGUGUCAAUGUCAUGGCCGCCAACCUCACCGUCCAGGUGCGAACCAUCGCCCACGCCACUACCGCUGUAGCGAGAGGUGAUCUCACUCAAAAGGUCACUGGUGUGACUGUAUCUGGAGAGAUUCUCGACCUCGUCAACACCAUCAACAACAUGAUUGACCAGCUGGCCAUCUUCGCUGCCGAGGUUACGCGGGUUGCGCGCGAGGUCGGUACAGAGGGCAAGUUGGGUGUCCAAGCAGAGGUAGAGAACAUCGAGGGGACAUGGCAGGAGAUCACCUCCAACGUCAACACCAUGGCAUCCAACCUUACAUCGCAAGUGCGCGCGUUUGCUCAGAUUUCGGCCGCUGCCACCGACGGUGACUUUACACGCUUCAUCACCGUCGAGGCGUCGGGCGAGAUGGAUAGUCUCAAGACCAAAAUCAACCAAAUGGUGUACAAUCUGCGCGAGUCGAUUGAGAAGAACACGAGUGCGCGUCAGCAGGCAGAGCUUGCCAACCGCUCCAAGUCCGAGUUCCUCGCCAACAUGUCGCACGAGAUCCGCACGCCCAUGAACGGUAUCAUCGGCAUGACUGUCCUUACACUUGAGAGCGAAUUGACUCGCCAGCAGCGCGAGAAUCUGAUGAUUGUCUCGAGCUUGGCGCAAUCGCUGCUCACGAUCAUCGACGACAUUCUCGACAUUUCCAAAAUCGAAGCUGGUCGCAUGACCAUGGAACAGAUUCCCUUCUCGCUCCGGUUGGCUGUCUUCAGCGUCCUCAAGACGUUGUGCGUCAAGGCAUCACAGAACAAGCUAGACCUCAUCUUCGAUAUCGACCCCACGAUACCUGAUCAGCUCAUCGGUGAUCCGCUUCGUCUCCGUCAGGUUAUCACCAACCUCAUCGGCAAUGCGGUCAAGUUUACCACCGAGGGCCAAGUCGCCCUUUCCUGUCGUGUCAAGGCGAGGCGGGAUGCCACAGUCGAGCUGCAAUUCUGCGUGGCCGACACGGGCAUUGGUAUCAAGCAGGACAAGCUGGACGUCAUCUUCGAUACCUUCGCGCAAGCCGAUGGCUCUACGACGCGCAAGUACGGAGGCACGGGUCUUGGGUUGACCAUCUCAAAGCGCCUGGUCAGCCUCAUGAACGGCAACCUGUGGGUCGAGUCUGAAUUUGGCGAGGGUAGUCGGUUCUACUUUACGAUGACGACCGAAACAACGACGACCUUGCGCGAGCAAGUCGCCGAACGGCUGGCGCCGUGGGCUGGACGGUCGGUGCUCUUCAUCGACACGCUGAACGACAACACGGGGGUUAGCGAAAUGCUGCAAAGCUUGCACCUCAAACCAACCGUGAUUCACUCGCCAAACGCCGUUUGGGAUCUCAAGCAAGCCCCAGAAGGGUUCCCACACUUUGACACGAUGAUCGUCGACUCGCUCGCGGCAGCCGAGAAGAUUCGCACCAUCGAACACCUGCGAUACAUCCCUAUCGUGCUGCUCGCCCCGUCCAACAAGCCGAGCGGGCCCGACAACCCCUCUUUCAUCGACCUGGACGAGACGCGGCGAAAGCUGCUGAACCUCCCGUCUCCCACUGAGCAGAUACUCUCACCAGUACCAGUCAAGGACUGCCUUGACAUGGGCAUCAACACCUACUACACCACGCCACUCAACCUGCAGGAGCUCAGCAAUGCAAUCCUCCCUGCGCUUGAGUCUCACCAGGUUCAGCCAGGUGACACCGUCAAAGAUACUGUCCUCAACAUCUUGCUCGCAGAGGACAAUGUGGUCAACCAGAAGCUUGCGGUCAAGCUCCUGGAAGUUGCAGGCCACAAGAUCGAGGUGGCGGACAAUGGCGAGAUUGCGAUCGAUAAAUACAAGCGUCGACAGGCGGAGCGUAAGCCAUUUGACGUGAUUCUCAUGGAUGUGUCUAUGCCUGUCAUGGGGGGCAUGGAGGCGACAGGGCUAAUCCGCGAGUAUGAGGCGUUCAACGGGGUCAUGGCGACGCCCAUUAUCGCAUUGACGGCUCACGCGAUGAUAGGAGACAAAGAGCGGUGUUUGGCGGCCGGAAUGACCGCAUACGUGACCAAGCCGUUACGGCGCGGCGACCUCCUGCAAGCUAUCUCCAAGGUCCUACAGGCAAAACCGCAGACGUCGCAGGCAUUGUACCUCCCCGAAGCAACGCUCGACGACCCGGACCGGACGCUCGUACUCGCGAGCCGCUGA